GAGGACCAAGACCUGUGCUAGCAGUUGAGGACUCUAGUCCAGAAGGCCAAAAGAGCAAAGAAGAAACUGCUGAAGCGAGAAGGCGAUGACAGAAGUGAUUCUGGCUCUCAGGACCGAUACGAGUCGUUCAGCUAUGGUGGAGUCGAUCCGUACAUGUGGGAGCCCCAGGAAGUAGGUGCUAUGAGAAGCCAUCUUUCGGAGUUCAAGAAACACCGAGCAGCCAGGAUCGACCACUAUGUAGUUGAAGUCAACAAGUUAAUAAUCAGGUUAGAAAAGCUGACGUCGUUUGACAGAGCAAACACCGAGUCCGCUAAACUCCGAGCUAUCGAGAAGUCCGUUGUGCCUUGGGUCAGCGAUCAGGACGUGCCGUUCUGCCCCGACUGCGGCAGCAAGUUCAGCAUCCGGAACCGCCGGCACCACUGCCGCCUCUGCGGGUCCAUCAUGUGCAAGAAGUGCACGGAGCUGGUCACUCUUCCUUUGGCAAGCAAACUCACUACUGCCAGCAAAGAGGCCUUGGCUUCCCACAGUAGCCCCAACUCCUCGCCUAACAGCGUCCAUGGCUCCCGCCGCGGCAGCAUCAGCAGCGUGAGCAGCGUGAGCUCAGUUCUGGAGGAGAAGGACGACGACCGGAUCCGUUGCUGUCGGCACUGCAAAGACACCCUGUUGAAAAGAGAGCAACAGAUUGAUGAGCGGGAGUACACGCCAGAGAUCGUCAAGCUCUACGAGAAACUCCGCCUGUGCAUGGAGAAGGUUGACCAGAAGGCACCGGAAUACAUCAGGAUGGCAGAAUCCCUGAACGCCGGGGAGACGGCCUACAGCCUGGAACACGCCAGCGCCUUGCGGCUGGAGAUUCAGAAGGUCUACGAGCUCAUAGACGCCUUAAGUAAGAAGAUUUUGAGUCUGGGCUUGCAUGAAGACCCCCAACCUCAUCCUAGGACCCUGCAGCUUCAGAGGAUGAUAAGAUACUCAGCUACCCUUUUUGUUCAGGAAAAACUGCUUGGCCUCAUGUCCCUGCCAACCAAAGACCAGUAUGAAGAGCUGAAGAAGAGACGAGUGCACGUGGUGGCUCCUGAAACACGUGGAAAACAAGAAGAAAAGCAGAAAGACUUGGCCUCCGGAUCUGCAGUUAAUGGGGCUGCCACUGCCCCAAGGAGAGGAACCGCCAGGCCGUCGGAGGGCUGGUUACCUACGUCCGGCGUGUCGAGAGCGAGCGAGAUGGCAGACCCCCUCCUCCAGCAGAUUGACAACAUCACCUCCUUCAUUCAGCAAGCGCAGGCAGCGAACAGGGCGGAUGAGGUGCUCAUGUUGCAGGAGAACCUGAGGCAGCUUCAGGAUGAAUACGACCAACAGCAAACCCUGAGAGCGAUCGAGCUCUCUAGAAAACAGGCCGAGGAGGAAGAGAUGCAGAGGGAGGAGCUUCAGGUCCUCUGCGAGAAGGAGUGGGAAAGGGAACAGCACAAGCUCCUGUCUCAGCAUGCGAGGAUGCGCUCCUUGGACUUGAGAGAAGUCAGGCAGCACCAGCGUGAUGUUGCAGAAGAGGAUGGGGACUUGGAAGCACGUGCUUCGGACCGGGAUGGUGCCCGGCUGCAGGGGGCUCCCGGCUUUCAGACUCCUGCUGCUGAGCAGCUGCCACCUACAGAGCGCUUGGGCCUCGCGCCCCGAGUCCCGAACGUGCCCCAGGGUGACAGAGACCGAGGCGAGCCCACCUGUCUAAACCCCUUUGAAGAUGAAGUGGGUACCCCACAGGCAGAGGAGGGUCCUGCCAACCCCUUUGCCAGGGACACUUCCCCAGUGGCUUCUAAGACAGCUCUGCCCAGUGACAGGAAAGAAUAUAACCCGUUCGAAAACGAGGAGGAGGAGGAGGAGGAGCAGCAGCAGCGAAGUAACGGAGCGCCCAGCAGUACUUCCAACCCUUUUGAAGAGGACGAAAAUCCCUUUCGAAAGCCUGGGGGCGUCUGGAAUUGUGGAAAUCCAUUUGAAGAGGGAUCUUCCACCAACCCCUUCGACGUGGAGGAUGGCCACGAGGCCGCUGCUGAAGAGGCGAUAGAGGAAGAGCUGCUUCUCCAGCAGAUCGAUAACAUCAAGGCUUACAUAUUUGACGCCAAACACAGCGGGCGCCUGGAUGAGGUGGAGGUGCUGACCGAGAACUUGCAGGAACUGAAGCGCACGUUAGCCAAGCAGAAGGAGAGAUCCGGCUGCUGA